GACUAAUGCCUCACCGACGUCGGCGGUUUAGCAUCAUCUCCGCAUUUCAAGUCUUAGAACAUCUCCACACGUUCAGUCCGUGAACUUAAAGGUCCUGUGCCUUCGAAGUUGCCUUUCCAGGCAGUUUUGACGGCCACAAUCGGCUGAUUGAUGUGGGUCCGCCCUACAUUAGACGCUAUUCUGGAUCCGGCAACUUUGACGGCCACGCUAAAAACACUACCCAUUGUAUCCACAAGAGCGAGGCGAUACCGGCAGCCACUCUGUUGGAGAACGGUUCCCCAUUUUUUCUCGCAUGAUUGUCAUGCACCGUUUAUUUCCGCCGUGUGCCCAUUUCUACAUACACUUAGUUCGCAGGUGCAACUACGAAGUUACCGAGAGCUCCCAGCACCAUCUAUAAUGGAUUCGUUAUUACAAUCAUCCGCGGUUACGAUCUUUGGCCUUGCAGCAUGCGUGCUGGUACUCUCAGUGUCGUUGCUGAGGAACUUAAGAAAAACUGACAAGGCCCUGCCAGUGCCACGGGCAAGUACCCCGGGAGAGAAAGAGAAAGGUGAAAUAAGGCCGUUCAAAACGCCGCUGCCAGAGCCAGCAAGAAGCUACAAGCUCGAACUCACUGAGCCUAAGCUCUACCGGCCGUUCCGCCAUGGCAAGAACUUCGUAACCAUGGGCAUCCGGAAAAUGGAUUGGAAUGAGUGGAUCGAGAUGGAUUCCAAUUUUGUGCGGUAUCAUGAUAUCAAGGUUAAGCAGCUUGAUAAGGAUAUCGACGCCCAUGUUGGCUACGUCGACAACGAGGUUACGCGCCUAGCCUGUUUCGAGGUCUACGAGGAACUGACACAGUAUCUCACACAUCGCUUUCCGGAGAUGUUCUCGCUGAAAGAUGGGACACUUCGGAACUCGGUCACGAAGGAAGAGUUCCCGUAUCCUGCGUCGACUCCAAAGGAAGCUAUGGCAACGUCGGCAAAGCUAAUUCAGGAUGACAUUGCACUCAUGGUGAUGAAUGAUGACGGUCAAUACCAUCUCGACGCAGGCGCAGUCUGUCUACCCGGUUUUUGGCGGCUUAAGGAGAAGUUCAGAAUGUCUCUCGACACGCUGCACAUUGAAGCUGGCGUCCCCCACUACCAAGAGAAGCUCAUGAAAUCCAUGAACCGCUUCUUCGCACGAAUGACGCCCGAUCAGCCCGUGAUCAGGAACAACUUCUUCAUCCAGCUAGACGACGGCCUUCACUGGUCCCACCGCAUGGGCGACGAGAAGAACGUCAACCAAGUCGCUUCCUGGGCCAACGCGAACUCCAAAGACCUCACCAUUGAUGAAAUCCACUUCCGCUCUGAGAGGCAGUCACUGCGCCGCUUACCCAAAUCUGGGGCCCUUAUGUUCACUAUUCGCACUUACUUCGAACCUAUCACCGUGAUAGCGCAGGAGCCUCAUGUACCGGGCAGAUUGGCGGAAGCGAUCAGAGCGUGGGAUGGGACAGUCAGUCAUUACAAGGGAAGGAGCCAUUGGGAGGGGCUUAUGUUGCCGUACUUGGAUGAGAUGCAUCGGAAACAGGAGGAAAGUGGCGCUUUGGACACUGAGGAGGGCGAAUUCCCGUUUUAGACAGACUUCAAUCGGUGAAGAGCUCAAAGUUCGCCGUUUUCCAGACACAUAUGAUGAGUCAAAAUUUCUAUUCGUAAAAUGAUAUUGAAAAUUGCGUGUUACUGCGAUUGGAUCGCUCGUGGCAGAUUAUGUGCAGAUGCACUGACUUGCGGCCGUUUUAUUAUCGUUCUUGAUUUGAUGUGAUCCGCAAACAGUGAUUCUUUGGGAGACACCCCUCGAUUGUGGAACCACAAGGUUGUACGCUGUCAAGAGGAUAGUUGCACCACUUACUAACAUGGCAACUUUAAGAUAUUACGAUUGUUUUUAGAGAAGACGGGAAUCAGAAGAGCACAUUGUAGACACUCAUUGUAUAUGAUUAGAU